AUGGCGUCGAGCAGCCCAUUCGCGGCCCUAAUGAUCUCGAAACAGAGCAUCAGAAACCAGAUCGCGCACAGCAUCCGCGAAAUCGAGAGCGUGCUUCACGAUUCGCACGGCGGUGCGUCUCCCGUCCCAGCGAAUCCGGACACGGGCAACCGCGGAACCAAGUCUGGGACGGGGGGGAAUGGGACGAGGAAGGCUGGGAACAACGACCGCAUCAGGAUCCAGACGCUGGAAAACGAUUUGGAAGAGGCGCGGAAGGAAAUUAGCGAGAGGGAUCGGGAGCUGGAUCGACUGACAAGAAAAAACGUCCCCAAGGCUGGUCAGCGAACAGGCGGCGAUCAUGACGCUGCCCGGAACAGCAAGCAGCUGGAAGCCGAAGUCGCGGUCUUGAAGCAGGAGGUUGAACGGGUUUGGCAGGAUGAGGUCAAGGCGCGAAUGGAGAUGGAAAUGUGGAAGGAGGUCAAGACGAGGUCGUCUCACGGCUUUGCGGAGCCGGAUCAGUCGAGGACGAAUGCGCUGGUCCAGGGGCUUCUGCAGGUUCAGAACGAGGUGCAGGCGGUUAUACACAAGUACUACUACCCCGAACCCGACCUCUCGACGCGCCUGAGGAAUCCCCCGCUGAUGCCCAAGCUGGCGACGCCGCUCCAGCGAGAUUUCUUGCAGCAGUGGAUGGUGGGAUACUCGGCCGCACAGCUGCUGUACCGGUCGCGGGCGGCCGUCAUGCACUUGGUGUGGGAGAAGUUCUUUGCCGUGCCGUGCUACGGCCUGGGCCACGUUACCGGUGCCACCGAGAUGGAAGCCAUGCUCGGCGCGUUCGAGGGGGAGGUUGAGAUGAAUCAUCAAGACGACGAUAGUCGCAUCUGGCGCAACCAGUGGCGCAUCCUGACGAUGAACCUCUGCACGAAGAUCGCGGCGGUGCCGGAAGCGACUUCCCGCAGCAAUAUUGACCACAACGGAGACGAAAGAUUGGCGUCGGUCGUCGCUGAUAUCAUGCAGCUCAUGGAACCGGUGCGGGUGAAGAUGCAGGUCGACACGACGCCCGACGCGCAGGCCGGCUUCGCGAGAGUGUGUCGAGCUGCGCAGGCGCUGGCGCUGGAAUUGAGGGCGAUGAGGUUGACUCACAAAAUUGAAAUCCCAUGGCGCGGGAGCCCGAUGAGAGAUCCGGAGCACCGGGUGGUGGAAGUGGAGACGGUUAGGAAAGAUGAGGAUUUCGAGGGGAAACGGAUUACGUUGGCGGUUGGGGCACAGCUGGUGGUGUACACGGAUCUGAACGAGAGGGUGGUGUUGUCCAAAGCCGACGUUAUUAUAUAG